AUGCUCACCGGCAACAUGGCAAGCUCAUUGACAGCUGAGCAGGGAGGCGAUGCCUUCUCGUGCCAGGGCUGUCAGAAUGAGUGCCCAGCUGGAGGAUGUACAGGGGGAGCCACAAAACAAGCAACUGAAUCUUUCAAGGCUGCAGACUUAAUUAUUAACCCAGCUACCACUUUCAAGGAAAAAGACCCCAAUGGUUUGGUGUUUGGAACUGUUUUCACAGACAACAUGCUGAUAGUCGAGUGGUCUUUGACUUCAGGAUGGGAGAAACCUCAUAUUAAGCCUCUUGAGAACCUUUCAUUACAUCCAGCCUCAUCAUCUCUCCACUAUGCUGUGGAACCAAGAGGAGAGACAGAGGAGAAUCUGGUCCCAAUGGUGUGGCUCAAUGAAUACACACUGUUUGAAGGGAUGAAGGCUUAUCGAGGAGUGGAUGGUAAAAUUCGCCUGUUCCGCCCAGCACUCAACAUGGACAGGAUGCUGCGGUCAGCAGCGCGAGCAACACUGCCACUUUCUUUUCUUCUUUCUUUUUCUUUCUUUUUCUUUUUUCUUUUUCCUUUCUCUUCUUUCUUUCUUUCUUUCUUCUCUUUUGAGUGCAUCCGGAAGCUUGUGGAAGUGGAAAAAGAGUGGGUCCCGCAUUCUACGUCUGCAAGCCUGUAUAUCCGCCCUACUUUAAUUGGAACAGAGCCUUCUCUCUGGAGUCAAGAAGCCAACUAAGCCCUGCUGUAUGUUAUACUGAGUCCUGUGGGCCCAUACUUUGCAAGCGGAAGCUUUAAUCCAAUAUCCUUAUGGGCAGAUCCCAAAUGUAGAGCCUGGAAAGGAGGAACGGGGGACUGCAAAUUGGGAGGGAAUUAUGGUUCUUCCAUCUAUGCCCAGCGUGAAGCUAUGGAAUUAGGGUGUCAGCAGGUUCUGUGGCUUUAUGGAGAGGAUCAUCAAAUCACCGAAGUCGGAACAAUGAAUCUUUUCCUGUACUGGGAAAAUGAAGAUGGAGAAGAGGAACUGGCAACCCCACCGUUAGAUGGCAUCAUUCUUCCUGGAGUGACGAGGCAGAGCAUCUUGGAGCUGGCACACAAGUGGGGAGAAUUUAAAGUGUCUGAGCGGUACAUCACCAUGAGUGAUCUGACAGCUGCCUUGGAGGAAAACAGAGUGAAGGAGAUGUUUGGUGCUGGGACAGCUUGUGUCGUAUGCCCUAUUUCUAAAAUAUUAUACAAAGGCAAGAAUUUGCACAUUCCAACUAUGGAGAAUGGACCUCAGUUAGCAACCCGCUUCCUGAAUCAGCUGACUGAUAUCCAAUAUGGAAGAGAAGACAGCGAAUGGACACUCCUGGUGUCAUGAAUGCAGAGUGGCGGGGAUCAGACCUUCCAUAUAUUACCCGACAGGCCGAACCGUUACACCAGAACAAUUGUCGAUUUUCUGUAGCUGCCUGUUUAGAGCUGUGCGUAGGGUAGUCAGUGUUCUCCCUUUCCUCCCCAGGGUGAUUGUUUCCACAUGCCAGGGAAUGUGAACACAAUCAUUAUGAUUUCUACCAUAGUCUUGCUAAUAGACGCCUAUCUUCUUGUUAGAAGUGCUAGAUGUAAGCAAUAGAACUGUCCCAACUGUUUUCUUGGUGCCUCCUUGUGUCUUAUGUACAGUCCAAAAACUUGUCAAAUACUCUUCAACUGCUCUUCAGUGUAAGCCACGGUGUUUUUUCAACUGCCACCACUACUGGAGCAGACUGCCAUAUAAAAAAAGUUGCCCAUUACUUAGGAGAACAGUUACUAUCCUUUAGUCCUAUUUCAUUGCAUCCUCAGGCAAGGGAUUAUGUUUUUCUCUGUUACUCCACUUAUGUGGGAGGUUCCUCACUGCAUUCCCAGAGCCCUGAGGAGCCCCUGUUUUUUAUUCUGCCAACAUCAUACCCUCACCUUUUAGGCCCCAUGUCAUAGCAACCACUCCUUUAGAAUGAUGAUGAAUUGGUGGGGAAUCUCUUCAGAGCCUGGCAACAGCACUCCUAAAUCAGCUUACAAGAACUAGCAGUGAUCUUUCCCCACCCAAGGCUUUACAGUGCUCCCUGGCCUGGCUGGCCCACUUGUUUCUUAAUAAGAUCUUUCUAUUUUCUGAAGAGGCCAUGGCUUUCCAGUAUGGGUUCUCCUACACCUUCCCCUGCUUGCCAGUGGAAAGUGCUCAAUGCAGGAGAACAGAGGGAUUUCGUUCAGCCUUUGUCAUUCUGCACUACCAUGUUCCCUUACCUCUUCAUACACCACUUGACUCAUGAUACACUCUCUUGUUGUUAUUUGGAAGCAGAUACAGAGCUGUUAGCUCGCAAUUAGGAAAAUUAAUAACUUCUGCUCCUUUUCUUUAAUCCUUAAAUAUGCUACCAUCCAUAUAAGCUUUCUCAUCUAUGUGCACACUUUUCUCAACUAGUUUUAAGAUGUCUCUUGCCAAAAAGGAACUACAGUAUUCUUUAGCAAUACUCCAAAAUGCUAGGGGCCUGCUUUUUCUGUUACUCUGGCAUAGAACUGAUGUAACUUCAUAGCUGUCAAUGGAGUUACACCUGCAUACAAUCAGAUUAACAGAAUGGAGCCUCAGACCCUACAUUUUACUUUAGCCAUACAGCAGUAUUUUGAGAACUAACUAGUAUUUUUUUAAUAAAGGGGGAAGAGUUUCUCUUCCACACUUUCUAACAGACUCCACCUAUAACUAGCAAUUGCUAACACAAUGUAAAAUAUACUAAGCAUCAUCUCUAAUGGACAGCCCCCUGUCUUAAGCCACCACUUAAAAUUAUCCACAGGGGUUUCUUGUACCGUAUUCGGUCAAACAUUAACCCUCAAUCUCUACUAGGCCAUCAUUUUCUGCUGGUCCCAUGAGUGGUGAGUUAGACACAUCUUUCUGUAGUCAAUUCUGAUACCUUAUUGAAGAACAGUUGAAGGUUACCAGUGACAAUUGUUCAGAGUGAGUUGUUGGACAGUAUUCUAUUUAGAAUAUACCUACAAGCACAAAAUGCUGUUUCAUUUAUGGUAGCAGUAGUACUGUGUAUCUCUUCUACUCACAGUUUGAAUUUGUACUGUGCUCUGCUCUCUGUUCAGUUUCUUGCAAUGUAUCAUAGGCCACUGGUAGUUUGUUUGUUUGUUUUUAUUCAUCCACUGGAAAAAUUAACAUGGGGGAUACAUUGAGAUAUGAUGUGGGGUAAAAGCGUUUUUCCAACAAGGCAAGUACCACAACUGGAGUGCCUUUGACUAGAGUGUGUGUCACAGAACUCAUACAAGGUUACGUCAUGAGUGAGACUAAAUGACUUCCUCUUACUAGACUGUAACCUGACCCCUCACGUUUAGCUUAGAUAAUUCUCUUUGAUAGCAAAAGUCUAGGUGGUUCGGUUUAAUGAGGUGCCUGGGGAAUUGGAUGUGCUACUCCCAUACUUGAGAUAUCAGUAGUAUUAACAGAAGUUGCAAAUCAAAUUCCCCAUGGACAGUACUGACAGUAAUCUACUCACAAGUCAGAGUAAAGAAAUGAAAACCAGUUACAAUGAUUGAUUUAGAGUGGUUGACUCCUUAUAGAGGUGAGUGAAGCCGUUCUUAAAUCAGACUACAAUAAUUUUAAGUGGGGCUCGACAUUGGCCUGUACUUGGGGUGGUCUACACUGACUUUUGGGGAGACCUGAGUUAGACCUCCUGUCUUACCUCUUCACCUCUUGUACUGCUAGAGACCUCAAAAGUGCAAGGGCUAACAGAAGACAAAAUUGGAAGGUCCACAAAAAUACGAGCUAUUUCCUAGAGAAAAAGUGAAACCAUGUGGAGCACUCCCAGUCAGCUGGUGUCACCUCUGUGAAUACUUUUGCUCCCUCUUAGUAAAUUCAAACAGCCUUGAUUAUUUUCAUUCAGGCUCUGGGUGAACAGGUUCCAGGUUUUAAACAUUAUAUACUAAAUAAACCAGCAGAAUAUUUUGAUCUUGCAUGACAAUCCUGUGUGGAAAUACAUUGCCUGCAUUCUGCAUCUGUAUUAUUUUAUCCUUUUAUCAUAAAAUUCCAAGAAAUAACAUUUGUAAAUAACAGUGAGCACUUGAGAGAUACUGUGUUCUCCUUAUUUUAGCCCAUAAAGUUUAGAAAGGAACCAUGCUAUUCCCUGAACUGAUAGAUUGUAAAAGAACAUCUGCACAUCUCUUUUCCAUGAUCGCUAUUUGUUUAAUUGUAGCAGAUUAACAUAGAAAGGGUAUGGUACAUCAUAAAUAGGCAAUUAUCCAUUCUUCAUCACUUAGUUAUGGUUACACUAAUUGAUCAUUUAAGAAAUAAGAUAGUCUAACAUUAGGAACAUUUGAGGCUGUUCAGAAAAGAUCAACAAAUUAAUAAUUGUGUGAUAUUUGCAUAAUUGGCUGCAAUUAUUUAAUGUUUAAUUGGGUUGAUCAAAUGCGAUUCAGCCUCUCACGUGUAUGCUUUACAAACAGUGGUACUUUAAAAUGAUAAUGAUGAACUAUAAUUUUUGCAAAUUCUUUCUUUCCCCCACUUUAUUCUUUGAUUAUUAUUUUCAGCCUUGAGCAUGUUCCUAAUUUUCAGUUUAGUUUCAGCUAUUCUUCUGUCGGAAAGAAAUCCUAAAAAUGAGAUUCCAUUUCAGAGGUCCACAAAAACUAGUGUUUUAUACAAACCUUGAUGAUGCAGGAGUUGUGGAAUUAGCAGCUGUCACUGCAUUGCCAUAUUCGUAAUAACAGUUCAGGGCAAAUACACCCAGGGGUAACAAUUAUUUAUUCUGGUGAGAACUCUGGCAAAGGAUCCUCAGGGUAGAAAGUCCAUCCAGAGGAGGUUGUGGCAGCACAAAGCAAAUGUAAUUUCCUUGCAAGGGGAGUUAGGAGGGCAGCAAAGACCAAAAAAUGGGAGAUGUUGGCCAGGGGGACAUGGCCAUUGGAUGUUCUCACUCAAUAUAAUCUUCAACAGCGUCCAUGAGAAGGAUUCCCAGCCAUAAGCUAAGUCUGCCCACGUCCCCUAGCAGAAAUCCCUGAGGGAUUGCAGUGGUAAUACCACCUGCCCUUUUUCUGGAUGAAUCACCACUAGAGUGCUGGGAGAUAUAAUUGAACCUUCCCUGCCUAAGUGCUGGUGAUUCUCUUGUUCUUAUUUUAUAUUACACCUGGAGAAUGGUAAUCUGAAAAAUAGGGCAUUUGAAAGGUAAAGGUUCAGUAUGUGCUGGUGGUAAUGGACACACAAUAGGGUGUGUCUACACUUCAGGUUAGAGAUGCGAUUCCCAGAUUGAGGAGACAUACCCACGCUAACACUGAUAGAGCUAGCAUGCUAAAAACAGAGUGUAAGCUGCGAUUGUGGGAGCAGCAGGACGGGCCAGCCAUCCAAACAGAUGCCUAGGGUCUUAGAAGGAAUUGUACACAGGGAAGCUAGCUCCUUAAACUACUGCAGCUACGUUUCUAUUUUUAUCAUGCUAGCUCAGUCAGAAUUAGUGUGGGUAUGUCUCAUUGAGCUGGGAGUUGCACUUUCAGCUUGAUGUGCAGACAUACCGAUGUGUGAACCAUUCUUCAUGUCUAAGCGACUAGCAGUGGGCAAGGCAGAAGGGGCAAGAGUUGAGAGCUAUUUCACAGACCCAUCACCAGUGGGGAAGGAGAGGAGGGACUCUUGUCCAGUGUUAUCUAUAGAGCAACCUAUGUAAUCUCCUCAAAUCGCUUAGCCCCUUUACUUUGCUUCAGUAUGUAACAAUGCAACGUCCUAGAGCAAAUGUUGCAAUGCCCUGUCAGAGUAUGACACAGUGAUUGAUCUUCCAGGCCUUGCUCAGACUCCUUUCACCUCUUCAUGACCCUGCAUAUGGUGCACAGAGGAGACAGGACCAGUUAUGAGGAAAAAGCAGCAUACAGGUGGGUGCACUUGCAUCACAGUGUAGGUCUAUGCUACAAUAAAAAAAACUACAGUACGUCUCAGAGCUGGGGCCAACUGACUUGGGCAUAUGCUCCAGGUCUAAAAAUAGCAGUGCAGAUGAUUGGACUGGAACCUGGGCUCUGAGACCCUCCCGAGUCACCAGGUUACAGAGCCCAAGCUCCAGCCCAAACCCAAACUUCUACACUGCUGUUUUUAGCUGAAAAUGCAAGCCUCAUGAGCCAAAGUCAGCUGACCAGGCUCUGAGACUUGUUGCUGUGGGUCUUUUAUUGCAGUGUAGACACACCGGCAUUCCAGAUACCUAAAGCAGGGCUAACACUGUAGACCUACCCAGAGAUGGGGUGGGUCCUCCAUCACUUGGAAUCUUUAAAUCAAGAUUGGAGAUGUCUUUCUAGAAAAUAUGCUGUAGCUCUGCCAGAGGUUAUGGACUUGAUGCAGAGUUUACUGGAUGAGCUACAGCUAUGCUGUGUAGGAGGUCAGACUAGAUGAUCAUAACGGUUCUUUUUGGCCUUAAAAGUCUAUUUGUUAGAAGUUUGUAUUUAUAGUUCCCCUGGGCAGCCAGUGUCUGCGCUUUCAGUCAUCGCCUGGGUCUUUCUCCCCCUCACCUAUUUUGCAAGUAAUGUUGGCACAGGUAGGUGCCAGCUUUUUCCUUUCCCUGAGGUGCUCAACCCCUGCUUAGGGCACAGGCCCUACCCCCACUCCACCCUUCCCCCACACCUCUGCCCCUUCCUGCCCCCUCCCCUGUACAUGCCCGGUCCCUGCUCCUCUCCCCCCUGUGCCUCCUGCAUGCCGCAGAACAGCUGCUCACAGGAGGCACUGGGAGGGAGGGGGAGGAGUAGAUUGGCGGAGCUGCCUGCAGGUGGGAGAUUCUGAGGGGAGGAGGAGAAGUUAAUUGGCAGGACUGCCAGUGGGUGGGAGGUACUGGGGGGAGGGAAGAACUGGCUGCUGAUGAGUGCUAAGUACCUGCUAAUAUUUUUCCAUGGAUACUCCUUGGGGCUAAAUUUUAGCACAGUCAGUAACUCAUAUCAAUGGGGCCUUUGCAGUUAAUUCCCUAUGGUGCUGGAAAGGCAAUUUCUUUGGCGCUGAAACAGAUUUCUGGUCAAGGAGUGUGGAAGUCAUUAAAGAGCAGCAGAAUGAGGAAAAAGGUGAUGGGCUUUUAUCUGCACAAUACAUUUUAUUGCAAGUAUUUUACUCAUCCCAGUCUGCAAACCUCUUCUUCCAAAAUAUUUUUAUUAAAACUUUUAAAUCUGUAUUUCUUUACAAAUGGUCAGCCUCUAGACAAGAAUGCGCAGGGCAUUCUAUUAAUUCAAAUUCUAUUAAAUAUAAUGAACAAAAACAUCUUUAGUCUAAAGUGUAAGUCUGGACUCUCAUGGUCUUCAUGAAAUGCAAAAUAUACCUCUGAAUUCUGAUUUCUUUCCAUGUAUCUAACCAAAUUAUAACUGAAAGCUGAGUAGGCUAUUAAUACGUGGAGCAUAACACAAAACCCUAGCCAAAAACUUUUUACCCUGAGUUUUUUGAUCUCAUUUGCAAAAUGGGCCACAUAUUAGAAAGGAUGGGAUUUUGAGCAAAAGCUGAGGAGCCACAUACUCCAGAGUUUCAGUUCUGGCUCUGACAUUGACUCUGCAAUCAUGAGCUAGUCAUCUAGCCCCUCUUUGACUCCACUUGCCCACCUGCAAAAUGGAAAUAGUACAACCUAACUGACUGGUGUUGUGAUCUCAUAUUUUUGGCUUGGGGGACAUGGGAGAAAUCUUAAAAAGUCUGCUCUGUUAUGAGCACAGAAGCUGGGAGCUAGGAAGACAUUUCCCCAUAUAGGAAGGUUAUCCCGUAACUGCAUUCGUAAAGAAACACGAGUAUUAGAAUCGUCCUACCUCUUCCUUUAUUAAACAUGGUGGUUAUUAGCCUAGGUUCCAAUAUAUUUUCCCUGAUCAGGAUGGAAAAAUCUGACAACUGUAUUAGCCAAACCAUGCUAUAGGUGUCCCCAAUUCCACAGAUGGGGACUUGAUUCUCCAUUGCCCUUGUGCAGUCAUUAACACUAGUGCAAAGUAGGUGUAAAAAUGCUACCAAAUCAGACAGGUCAUGUUUUUGGUCUGUGGCACAAUUGCAAAGGUCAUUUCUCAGAUGCAAAAAAACCCAAAAAACCCUCUGUCCCCAUGGGCUAGAGAACCAUGCCAGUACCUUACUAGCACCAAUCACGUUGAAACACACUGCUGGUGCCAGUGUGGAUAGACCCAUGUGAUUCCCCUUUAAUCUGAAGGAAGACCUGUGUUGAAAUACAUAAAAUAAACCCCCUGCCAAAAAUAGGAUAGAAAGAAUCAAUGUUUUGGGGGAUAUAUUUAUUCUGGGUUUGCUCAUUUAAAAAAUUGUGAUUUUAACAACCAGACAUUAUCAGUCACUUUUUACCUGAAUUAUUAAGGCCAAGAUACUAAAAUUGGGCCCUAACAGUCAAUGGGAGCUGCUGGGUGCUAAGCACUUAUGAAAAUUUGGCCAUUUUUUCAGGAGUCCAGAUAAAGAUUCAGGAGUCUAACUUUAGGUUUUGGAAGUUAUGUUGCCUAAAUGUUUAGAAUUGCUGGCUGGGUGAGGUUAUUGUAAGAAAAGAGAAUAAGACUUUGAAGAAGAAAGUAACCAUGAUUUACAAAUGCCUGUACAAUUCUUUGUAAUAACCCCAUGGGGAAUCACUUGUGAUAAUGACCAACUAUGUCUUUGGAAAAAUAUUAAGUAAAAUAUGUUCUCUUUCCAUCCAUACAAUAGUUAGUCCUCUUGGUACAUUUAAGUCUGUUUUAGAACUUGAUGGGUGGUUAGCAGUGGACUUAAGUGGGUGCUGAUGGUGCUCAGCAGCUAUUGGAGGCACUUGCCAUCCAGCAGAAUCAGACACACUGAAGGCGUCAAAUCUAUUACGUCUGGCGUAAUUGUAAAAGUGAUUGAGAUAAGAAAAGAGGAGCCUCUGAUAACUUUCUGUACAGGAAUAUUUACAAACUUUUGAUUUUCUUUUUAAAAUAUACAUGGAUUUAAAAAUAAUUUGGUUUAAUUUUUUUUUAAUUCCCCAACAACCCCAAACCCACCCAUAAUCUUUAAGAAGUGUCCAGAAGAAAAGCAAGCAACAGCUGUGACACUUUCUUAGGGUACUCAGGACUCUGAGUCACAUUGUUACCCUGCUGCAUCCAGCAUGAGGAAGUCUUUCUUAUAGUAGCUGGCUCUCAGCUCCCUGUCACUGCCAGCCCUUCAGCCACUCAAACACUCUCCUCUGGGCUCUGCUGGCCCUUACUUUGCCUUGCAGGUUAACAAUAGGUACAUCCCAGUCCCUGAGCCACUCCAAAAGCAUCCCCCUGAUAGUGUCCAGCCCCUGUCACGGGACACUCUGUAAUUACGAGGGUUGCAACUCCCAAGGGAAUAGAACACAAGUACCAGCUUAUUUGAUUCAACUGAGUACAAGCUCCAAUCCAAGAGCACAGCACAGUAAUCUAUUACUACUCAAAACAAAUAUAAAUUUAUUAAUAAAGGUAGAGAUUUAAGAGAUAGCGAGGAACGGUAAUAAGAGCCAAAGGUUACAAAUAAAAGUAUAACACACGUCCGCUAGAUUAAAACUUAACUGUAGCAAGCUACAAUCCUUUGUCUAAAAUAGUCUCUCACCUCAGCUUUUUCUGCAGAGUUGCUGGUUUCAGUCAAGCCAGGAUCCAAAACAUUCAUGAAUCACACACACCCCCUCCCCUCCACCAAGGGUGUUCCUCAGGGAAGUGGAUAACAUAGGGGUCCUUUUUCCUUUCUCUUAUACCUCAAAGUUUGUCUUUGCCCUCCUGAGACAAGACAACCCCCGGUGGUUCUAGUCUUUGGUGUCACCCCAUGUUGACGUCACAUCCUCGAGUUUAUCUAGAAUACAAAUGUAGCUCCUAUUGUGUUUGGCUUCCAAUGAUUUUCAGUCAAUACUAAGUGCAAGUGGGAGGUGCCAGGGUAAAGCCUUCUGAUCCCAGGACAGGUACAGCAAGGGCAGUGACAGAAUAACCUUCUCCUACGGUGCUCUACCAUAGUAAGUCAAUCAUGUUCUGGGGUCCGCAUAGCAUUCGGCCCUUAGAGCAAGACUGUCAAUUAGUGCCAAAUGUUGGAGUGAUGAUUUACGAUGUGAACCACUAUUUGGGAAAGUGCUUAUCACAAGCUGAAGUGCUCAAAGUUAUGCACAUGCUUUCCUGAAUCGGAGUCUGACAUCUUAACUGAGACCAACAACUCACUUCAUAUAGGCCACCAAACAGAGUCAGGUGCUAGAGUCAAGCCAACCAUCUAAGAUGGAAGGUUCCAUAUCUUUUCAAAUCCAACUCCCGCAAAACCUUUCUGUCAUCUAACAUGCCAGCAGCUGAUGAGGGCUCGUGAUAAGAGGAGAAUUAGAUAAUUGCUAACUAUCAUCAUCCCUUAAUUUAAGAUGUUGCCAAGAAAUUAAUCUCUUUCCUCUCCAGCCUUCACCUUCUAGUCGGGUUGCCUGGGCUGCUGCCGUAUAAAUUGACUGGAUUAUUGAAGGGUCUUUAUCAUGAUGAGCAAUAAUAAGGGUUUUAUAUGAAGCUAUAUUAAAGCAUUUUCAUUAGAGUGGUAAGUUUGGGUCAACGAGCGCCUCAAUCUAAUCAGUUUCUGAAUUGGUUAUUAAUGUACGAUAGAAAUAGGUGGAAUUGUGGCGUUUUAAGCUGGAGAAAUGGUCAACUUAAACAGGGAGAAGUAAACCCCUCUGAAAAGUCUCUGCUUUCAUAAAUGUUCAAGUUAACAGGAUAUUUUACCAAGAGCAGAGCAUAUAAAAGUAUUAAGGGAACAGAUGUGUGGGCGGAAAAUAUUGGGUAAAGGAAACUCUACCUCAUCCUUCUUUAAAGGUUUCGUAGUAGCACAAUUAAACACUCCUCAUGGCAUUGUUAUACACAAACCAUCUGGCACGAAAGAAACACUUUAUAUUUGUAUGUCUAAACUUCCUGUUAUAAUUGUAUUUUGCUGGCAAUAGAAGCAGUCUAUAUCGUUUGCAGUUUCCUCAUCAGAUCUGUAAUUAUGCAGUGUUUCUGGUUUCAAUAAAGGGAUUUAAUGGCC